AUGCCGAAUCCCGUUCGAGACCUCGCCACGCGCGAUGACACUUCUUUCCCCUACAUCUUCGAGCAGAAUGUCACUAUUGCCCUAAAAGAUCAAUCGGGACUGGUGCGAUGCAACGUUUAUCGCCCUAAAGAUGUAGAGAAGGUGCCUGUGCUUGUUACGUACGGGCCAUAUGGCAAGGACAUCCCCUACCGGGAUUUCCACCCGAAAUCCUUCGAGGAGGUUAAUCCCGAACAUCACUCCGAGCACUCGGCCUGGGAAACCCCAGACCCCGGGUUCUGGACGAAACAUGGAUAUGCCAUCGUGCGGGCCGAUGAGCGCGGAACCGGCCAGUCUCGCGGCAAGUUGGAUACCAUGUCCCGCGAGACCAGCGAGGCGUUCUUUGACGUUGUCGAAUGGGCGGCGGAUCAGCCGUGGUCGACAGGCAAGGUUGGUUUGCUCGGGAUCUCUUACUAUGCUGGAAGCCAGUGGAGAGUUGCGGCGAGGUCCCCCAAGGGACUCGCGUGUAUAGUUCCCUGGGAGGGAAUGUCGGACUACUACCGGGAUCGUUGUCGUCAUGGGGGCAUUCUAAGCAACGCAUUCAUCAAGUUCUGGUGGGACCGACAGGUAGUCUCGAACCAGUAUGGUCGUCCGGGUCGUGCAGCGCGCAACUGGGGUGUUGAUACUAUUGAGGGAGAUCUUCCGGAAGAGGAGCUAGUAGCCAACCGACAGGACCAGACAAUUGACAAUGCCAACAAUCAGUUCCGCGAUGACACCUACUACGCCAGCAAGGAAUACACCAUGUCGGAUAUCCAGGUCCCUCUUCUUUCGGUUGCCAACUGGGGCGGUAUUCUUCUGCACCUACGUGGAAACGUUGAAGGAUACAAGCAGGCCGGUAGUGAGCUCAAAUACCUCCGUUUCAUCACCGGCCGCCAUGACCUGCCGUUCUACUACAGCGAGGAGGUGGAGGUUCAGCGCAGCUUCCUAGACGCAUUCCUGAAAGGGGACGACCGAGCCGGAUGGUCAACCGGAGAGGCACCAAAGGUAGACCUCGUCCUUCGCAAAGGCGAUGUGGGAUUCAACAACGCCGAGGCCGAGAAGCAAUUCCCUCGCCGCGUGGAGAACGAAUGGCCCAUCGCUCGCACACAGUACACGCCGUACUAUCUCACUCCUGGAAGGGAGCUUGUGACAGAGCGACCGCUAACAGGGUUGAGCAAAAUUACCUACCGCGCUCUGGGCAGUCUUGAUGAUCCUCAAGUCGUCCAAUUCACGACUGCGCCGUUCGAGCAGGAGACUGAAAUCACCGGCCACAUCGUCGCCCACCUUAACGUGUCUAUGAGCCCUGAUCCGGGCGCUCCAACGCCCAGGGAUAUUGACUUGUUCUUGACCCUGCGUUACAUCUCCCCGGAGGGUAAGGAGGUCUUCUACACUGGCACAGCCGGCGAUCCGGUACCUCUCUGCAAGGGCUGGCAGCGCGUUAGUCUGCGCAAGGUGAACACCGAGCACCGACGCCAUCGAGAUUGGCUGCCUCAUCGCGAUUACUACUCGACGGACGUGCUGCCAGUGAUCCCGGGCGAGGUGUACCCCGUUGAUGUGGAAGUAUGGCCGACGAAUGUGGUCGUUGAAAAGGGCGGCAAGAUCAUCUUCGAGGUCUCGUCUGGCGAUACGCAGGGAAGUGGAAUUUUCCUGCAUAACUCUCCUACUGAUCGAUCGCCGGAGAAACUGCAGGGACAGAACCAUAUCAAUUUCGGACACGGGGAUAACUACGUUACUUUGCCGAUUGUUCCGCCGAGGGCGUAG